AUGAAACAUCUCACAAACACCAAAAGUAAGGUUACAAGAGAUACUGAAAAUAAGAGCGAAAUUGCCAUUAAACCACUAAUUAACCAAAUUGGAUUUCGACAACAUCAUAUUAUCCAACCACCAACAGCUAAAAUUAAUCUUAAUCAUUCACUUCAAAAAAUUAAAGAUAGUCAAGAACAAAAUAAUUUAGUAGAUACUCUAGAAGAUAAAUUACCUAAUUUAGAAGAAUUUGUUGAAAAAGGUGAUGAGUCAAUUGAAAAUGAAUUAAUUAAAUUAGAAAUUAAACCAAGUAAUGCAUUUGAAUUAAUCCAAUUAACAAAUGAAGAAAUAACAUCUAAACAAGUUGAAACUUAUCAAACUUCAAAUAAAAAGAAAGAUUUAAAAGAAAUUCUAAUAAAAAAUAAUAAUGAAAUUGUUUUAGAAAGUCAAACACAAAAUGAUGAUCAAAUAGAAGAUAUUGAUCAAUAUGAAAAAGAACAUUUCUUAAUGAGGUAUGAACCAAAAAUUAUUAAAGAAAUAUAUUAUACUUUAUUUAAAAGUGAAAAAGAUUUACAAAUUGAACCAGAUUUACUUCAAAAACAACUUCACAUUAGUGCAAAUACACGGAGUGUUUUACUUGAUUGGUUAUUUCUUGUUUCUCAAGAUGAAUUUGCAACAACAAUAGAAACAUAUUUACUCACUGUUGCAACAUUUGAUGAUUUUAUUUCUCAUAAAACAACUAUCCCUAAAUCUGAAGUUCAAUUAGUUGGUGUUGCUUGUCUUCAUUUAUGUAUUAAAUUUCAAGAAAUUAAAUAUUCAAAUGUUGAUGCAUUCAUUAUUAUUAGUAGAGGAGCAUAUACAAAAAGUCAAUUAUUAGAGAUGGAAAGAAUAAUUUGUAAAACAAUUGAUUUCAGAUUUGUUCGUCCGUUAUCAAUUGAUUUUUUGAGAAGAUUUAAUAAAGCAGCAAAAGCAAAUGAAACCGAACAUACACUUGGAAAAUAUUUAAUUUUAAUUGCUACAUUAGAUCAAACAAUGAUUCAAUAUCUUCCAUCUCAAAUUGCAGCAGCUGCUGUUUACUUUCAGAGAAGAAUUAAUAAUACUAUUCCUUAUUGGGAUAAAACACUUAUUAAAUAUUCAACAUAUAAUGAAAAAGAUAUUCUUCCAAUUGCUCAAUUAAUGAGAACACUUUAUUUAUUCCAACAAACAGAAAAAAAUCCAUUUAAAGAAAUUUUUAAGUUGUUUUCAAAUAUUGGUAAUCAUACAGUUUCACAAAUUCCUUUCAUCCCAGAAUUUUAA